GUAUCGGUCUCUUUCUCGUCUCAGACUGCAAGAAUAGAGCGAGUUCAGGGCAGUAAGCUACUAGUAUGCAGACCAUCAGAGAUCCUAAGCUGGCGCAGCUAUUGCUGUCAUGCCUCUUGGCCAAUGUUGUUGUAUCGGAAUGGGAUAGUGCGUAUGACGUGUGGAACAACAAUCUCGAGCAAUGUCAAGACGGCAGAGAAGAAGUGCUUUCCUACAUGCCGCCAAUACAAUUCUCAUCCCAACUGUCCUCUCCUGAACAAGCAGUUGCAAACUGGUCAGCAGGGAUACGUAAUUGGCUUGAUGACCUAUUAUUGACUGGACCGUGUCUGCCAGUAAAUGGGUCUGAAGAAAUCGAUCGAGUGAAGUCGCUUGUAGCUGAGGUUGAAGCGAAUGUCAGUACUGCAACACAAAACAUAACAACAGCUACAUAUGAUGCGUACUGUCUAUGGUCCCAAAUUCUGUUUAAGUCCGGUCAGGGACAUCUUAUUGUCAUACCCGGAUAUGGAAAAGAUUCUACACUCUUUCAGAAAUUAGAAGACGCUCAGACUGUGAUGAGAAACGCAUUUCAUUUGUGGAUGAACAACGAAAUGUGCAGAGCUCUGAAUACCGCACAGUGUGAGCAAGAAGUGAAUAACUCAACUCUCACCACUGACGAUCGAGACAUCAAUGUACUCUGUGGUAACACUGUGACCGAAGGCUCAGAAGAAUGUGAUGAUGGCAACAAUAUCAGUGAAGAUGGAUGCUCUGCAACCUGCAAAUUGGAAAUCUGUCUCUCCUCGACAUCGAGCCCAACAGUUUCUAUCAUCCCAUCAACAUCUGAUCCCACUGUUGCUGUACAGACCCCAACUCCGUCUCCGUCUCCACUAGUACACCAAACAAACCUCAGCAGUUGCCCAGAUGAUUGCAGCUCGAUGAGUUCAUACAGGCGUGGAACACUCCAUUUGUCUAACUUUGCUGUAAGAGCAAGUCAGAUAGCAGUGGAUACAAACACAAUCAAAGAGAUGCGUAAUGGUCUAGCUCUACUAGCACAAGUGAUGACAAUUCUUAAUCACCCCGAACCCAGCCAAUCAAAAAUUGAUUCGCUACAAGAACAAUUGGCUAAGACUGCAAUACAAGCGUUAGAGCAAAAUGAUCUUAGCCUCAUAACUGAUGAAGGUGUGCACAUACGGAUGAGGCUAACAGGUGUAUGUUGUGAAUCAGUGGAUUGCUGCGAUUCCUGGACUCGCCUUACUUGGCGUCCAGUUCACAAGUGGUUUCGGUGUCGCCCUACAUUCGGUCCUGGUUUUGACAUUGGCAAUCUCAGUACACUUGGCGCCAAUAUUUGGGGUUGCAUGAAACUAGUUUUGGAACAACGCCUUGAGUGCUCUCCUGGAAACUAGAGAAUUGGAACAGCAGCCAACUAAGACAAUUGUUUAGUGCAAACACCUUGUUUGCUUUCUGUAUGUUAGUUGUAUUGCGUUGCUGCUUUCCUAGCUAGUGUUAUAGGGGGAUACCAAAUUAGAUUGAUAUCGAUCUCUAAUAUUGAUUACGUCUUUGAA